AUGUCAGUCCAACUACGCACAGCGGAGACAUACGCAACACGAAGUAAUAGUCAACAGAGCUUGCUGAGAAAUAGUGAGGGCGUGCAGUUCCCGCGCCGCUGCAGCGACCAGCAACUCUUGUUUCGGCAGUGUGGCUAUCCGCCGUCGCUCGGGGCGAGCACAGCGGGCGUCGGUCAGAAGAGAGAGCGGUCCAACGAAGCUACGCUUACUGAUUUGCUGGAGAGGGAACUGCUCCAGCGUCCAGUCGCGCGCCCUUUUGCUCGCAUUCGGCGGCAGCGCGGGCACCCGAACGACGCAACGCCAGCGCAAACCCGUCGCCUCCAUAUGGACGGCGUGAGUCGGUUAGGUUCGCCAGCGCCCCAGCGCGUCGAGACACCGACGGAGCUCGAAAGCUGGUUGCACUCUGCGUUGAGGCCGAAAGAGGUAACCGCCUCUAUCGGAGAUCAGGCGGCCUCGGAGCCCGUUGGCGAGGCCCAAGUCCCCAGCAUCCGUCGAUUGCUGAGACUCGCUUCCCAACCGCAGCUCUCGAAGCAUGCGUCGCCAAACGGGCAGCCUCGGGCUGACUCUUCUGCCCUAACGCCAAACGCAGCUGCGCAGCAACAAUCACCCGGCAGUACCUCCUCACAUGAAUCGCCUUCAUCGUUCGAUUCAAUUGAUGAACAGGCAUGCAUGGGGGCGCUAUUGCGAGCAUCCUUAGAUCCACAACGAGCGCAGCGCCUUUUAGAGUGUGGUGCUGUACAGUACCUCGUACAGAAACUUCGAGAUUCCACGAAUUCCCAGGUAGUGACGCAGAUAGCGGCCGCGCUGGUGAACCUCGAUCCCGCGACUACCCCAGUUCCGGGGCUUGCGCAGGCGCUCAGCAAAAAGCUCUCUCUGCUGACGUCUGAAUGUUCCGAGCGGUUGAUGCUCUACACCCUUGGAGACGGCUCGAAACCAGUCCUUAGUCGAGUUGAGAUCGACACACUUGCGCGGCACGCGCUCGCUUCACUGCCGCGGCAUCUUGUCUUGCUGCGGCGACUGGCGGAGCUGAGUGCUGGCGGAGCGAACGGCCACGCCACCUUCUGGAACCAUGCCGCGGUUCAACUGAUCGAAAAGCUGAAGCCGGCAACAGCCGCGCAGGCAGAGCAUCUCCUUGCGAUCUUACAAACCAUCCCCCUGGCCUGCAUACAAAACAAGCGAGCAGCAUUCGCCAACCAUAUUGUCAUCCACAUCGCUUCGCGCUUUCCCGAUCAGAAUAGUGUCCAACGAGCCGCUGUGGAACUGCUCGGAAAAAUUGCUGCUGCCUAG